AUGGCUGAUACACUACUCAUUGAUCUCUUCAAGCAAUUGGGUUCAAUCGCUGUUCAGCUUGCUAAGCAAGAGAUCAACUUGCUAGUUGCCGUUGAUGAAGAAGUCCAAAAGCUUCAAGGCAAGCUCGGAAUGAUCAAGGCAAUGCUGGACGAUGCUGAGGAAAGACAUGCAGUGAAGCGGCGAACGGAGAAGCUUUGGUUAGAGCAGCUCCAAAACCAGUACUACGUGAUGGAUGACAUCUUGGACACCUGGAACACUGCAAGGAUCAGAGCAGAGAUUGAGAAAGAAGAAGGAAAACCAGCUGAUACUAACGCUCCUGCUGUUGUCAAGAAGAAGGUAUGCUCCUUCGUCCCAUCUCCAUCAUGUUGUUUUAACCUUCCUCUGCGUCAUGAUGUUGGUCACAUGAUAAGAAAAUUGAAUGAAAAGUUAGAUAUGGUUUUCAAAGACAAAGCAACCUAUGGGAUAGACUUUAAUAGGCAACCUGAUGUAGUUGAGAGACCAACAACUACGUCCUUUGUGGAUGUGUCCCAAAUAAUUGGCCGUGAUAUUUAUAGGGAUGAUCUACUAAAAAACCUGUUAUGUGUGGGUAGUCAAGAAGAAACAAAUUCUUAUCGUGUCAUUUCCUUAGUGGGUUUGGGCGGUAUUGGAAAAACAACUCUUGCCCAAUUAGCCUACAAUCAUCCUGAUGUGCAAGCCCAUUUUCAAAAAAGAAUGUGGAUUUGUGUUUCUGAUCCAUUCGAUCAGUGCAAUGUUGCCAAAGCAAUCAUUAAGGAGGUUGACCCUGAUCAUGGACCCCUCAAUGAUACUAAUUUGCAAACUCUCUUGUGUAAAAUUCAAGAUUUGAUUAAGGACAAGAAAUAUUUUCUUGUCUUAGAUGAUGUGUGGACUGAAGACUCUAAAAAAUGGGAGCCUUUUAAAGUUGCUCUAAAAAAUGUUCAUGGUAGUAGAAUUCUAGUAACCACACGUAAACAAAGAGCUGCAGAGGUGAUGGGGAGUGUCCUCACGAUAAAUUUGGAGCUAUUGUCUAAUGAAGACUGCUGGUCAAUUUUCAGUAAAGAAGCAUUUUCUAAUAAGGAGCAACCUAAGUAUCUAGAAGAUCUUGGUAGAAAACUAGCAAUUAAGUGUAAAGGCUUACCGCUAGCUGCAAAGCUUCUAGGUAGCCUCAUGCAGAUAAACAAAAGUAGAGAACAAUGGAAUAAGAUUUUGGAUAGCAAUUUGUGGGAAGUGGAAGAUAUUGAAAAUAUUGAAAAAAGCAUUUUGGCACCAUUGCUUUUGAGUUAUUAUGAACUAACCCCAACAAUGAGACGUUGUUUCUCAUUUUGUUCAGUCUUUGCGAAAGAUUAUUUCUUUCAUAAAGAUGAAUUGGUCCUCCACUGGAUGGCACAAGGAUAUGUUGAGUCAAAGACAAAUAUGGAGAUGGAAGACAUAGCAGAAGCAUACUUUGAAAAAUUGGCCAUGCUCUCUUUCUUCCAAGAUUUCGAGAGAGAUGAAGAUGGUGAUGGCAAGAUAAUAGGUUGCAAAAUGCAUGAUAUAGUGCAUGACUUUGCUCAAUUAAUGACAAAAACUGAAACCUUCGAAACUAAUGGUGAUAAGGAGAUAGAUUGUCAAAGUGCACAUCAUUUACAUUUAAAAAUUUCAAAAGAAAUGCAAUGUCUUGAAUCCAUCUAUCGUGCAAAAAAUCUACGCACUCUCUAUCUUCUUUCACGGGAAAAGGAUUAUGAGUUUGAGAUGCUCCUAUCACACUCAUUCCAUCAUUUUAAAUGUUUACGGACAUUAAUUUUUGGAUUGUCCAAUUAA